CCACCUUAAAAAAACACGAGCAUUAUUUGACUAAUAAGUCCAACUUUGAAAUACAAGGAAUACGUCAAUCAGGGGUACAUUUCUUCAAGUUUAAGACGCACAAUCCAUGUGUCUGUAACGCACCUUGCUCCUGCUGUCAUGUGUGCGCUGCUGCCGGUGUGGACGUGUCUGCUGCUCGGUUUCUUACCCCUGGAGACACAAACCCGGGCAGUGUUGAGUAUUCAGAACCUCCAGGGUACCAGACACAGGUUAUCCAAACGAAUGAUGUCUUCCUUCUUUGCAACAGUUACAUCCGAUUACUCCGUCGCCAUCACACUGGCUGAGAGCCGUUUAAUCUGGCGGAUCAUUAUGAAGGAAGAGCCCCGACCAAGGUGGUCUGAAAUGGAGUGGAAAGCACGGACUGGCAAGCGGGGUCAAUCCCGAGGACGUCGCCACACCAACAGACGAAGGGCCAAAGCGCAAUUAAUGAGGGCAGGCUGUGUUCUGGGCACCUGCCAGGUGCAAAACCUUAGCCAUCGCCUCUACCAGCUGAUUGGACGCAGCGGCAGGGAAGACUCCUCCCCCGUCAAUCCUCGCAGUCCUCACAGUUAUGGCUGAGAUUUGGAAGUGGCAGUUGAGGAUUUUUAGAACUCUACCCCAUAUUUGACCUUUUCUAACCAAACCUUUGAACAUUUUGUUCAAAUUUUCAGUAUACCUUUUAGGGUCAUCUUGAAAAUUCAAACACAAAAAGACCUUAACUUCAUCUCAUCUCAUCUCUUAUUUAUGUAUUAUUUCUUGUAUUAAUAUAGACAAGUUUUCUUUAAAAAGACUUCAUUAAAACAUAUACCGUAUUUUUUGGACUACAAGUCGCACCUGAGUAUAAGUCACACCAGCCAUAAAAUGCCCAAUGAAGAGGGAAAAAGAAACAUAAGUCGGACCAGAGUAUAAGUCUCAUUUUCGGGGGAAAUUUACUUGAUGAAGUCCAACACAUAGAAUAGAUACAGUGUAUCACAAAAGUGAGUACACCCCUCGCAUUUCUGCAGAUACUUAAGUAUAUCUUUUCAUCGGACAACACUGACAAAAUGAAUCUUUGACACAAUGAAAAGUAGUCUGUGUGCAGCUUAUUUAAUAGAGUUGAUUUAUUUUCCCUCAAAAUAACUCAAAAUAUAGCUGUUAAUAUCUAAACCCCUGGCAACAAAAGUGAGUGCACCCCUUAGAAACUAUGUACAUCCCUAAAUGUCCAAAUUGAGUACUGCUUGUCAUUUUCCCUCCAAAAUAUCAUGACUCGUUACAGGAGUGCUGUCAGCAUUGUUGCAGAGAUUGAAGAGGUGGUGGGUCAGCCUGUUAGUGCUCAGACCAUACGCUGCACUCUACAUCAAAUUGGUGUGCAUGGCUGUCACCCCAGGAGGAAGCCUCUUUUGACGGUAAACAAGUAAGCCCGCAAACAGUUUGCUGAAGACAUGUCAACAAACCACAUGGAUUACUGGAACCAUGUCCUAUGGUCUGAUGAGACGGGCGGGCUUUCUUGUUAUAUACUUCAAUAUCUGCAGAAAUGCGAGGGGUGUACUCACUUUUGUGAUACACUGUAUGUCAUCUUGAAAGGCAAUUUAAAAUAAAAAUACAAUAGAGAACAACAUGCUGAAUAAGUGUACAGUAUGAUAAUGUUACACGAAGCAUGAACAACAAAAUGCGAAUGUGGCCUGUAUGUUACCGUAAUAUAGCUAUUAAGAGUUAUUCAGAUAACUAUAGCAUAAAGGACAUGCUAACAAGUUUACCAAACCAUCAGUGUCACUCCAAAACACCAAAAUAACAUGUGAAAUGAUAUAAUAAUGUGUUAAUAAUUUCACACAUAAGUCAUUCCUGAGUAUAAGUCACACCCCCAGCCAAACUAUGAAAAAAAACUGCAACUUAUAGUCUGAGAAAUACGGUAAAUUCUAAUUGUUUUUAUUUACAUUAUUAAAUACAUACUGUCUUGGUCAUUUUUUAAAUGCAAUUUCACAGACAUUUAACCUGUUUUAUUCUACUUAUUCCAGAAAAAAAGAGGGAACUACUAUUUAUUUUAUGUUAAUGGUUUUAAUUGUAAAUAAUGAAAUAAUAUAUCACGCAAUAACAUGAUAUUUUAUUAGGUAGACCUACAGUAUAUCAAUGAAUACAAGAGUUGUGUUAACAUAUGCCUUUACAAUAAAAUAGAAGUGAUAUUAGCAGAGGACAGUCCUCUGCCUGGGUUACAAACAAUCCUGAUUAGAUCUUGCUGACUCCCCCCCCAAAAAAGUUGCCCGACAGUGGUAUUUUAGGUUGCAUUAAGGUGCAUUUGACCUUGCAAAUAAAGAAAAAACUUCUUUGUAUGUAUGUAUUUUGUUCUUCGUAUCCAAUCUUUCUCUCUGGGUUAAUUCUCGACCAAUGUGACAACUCAAUAAAUGGGAUCAGAAGUUGUUUUUUUUUUAUGCUUUGCUGAGAUCAGACAUUGUCCUUAGAUUUUUCUGAUGUACCCAAUGUUGUGCCUCAGGACAAUUCCAGUGAACUAAAAGCUUUUUGACGAGCUGACCACAAAUAAACAGAAACAUUAGAUAACCAGCCAAAAGAUCCACCCACGCAGUUUAAACCAAUAAGGGUAGGAGGUUUUAAAAGGAUGCUAGAACUCAUUAAACCAAGUAAUUCAGUCAGGCCGAAUUUGACGGAAUGAAUUUUCAUGGCUUGUGUGCCUUUGAUCUGUUUGAUCCAAGUGUGGAGGACUUUUUGUGUUAUUUGAGGUGAACAAUUACAACACAGGCACGGAAUUGGUCUUCGCCUGGAGCCUAACUGUAUUUAAUAUUGCAAAUACAGUAUACGUUACUGAAACAUCAAUUUCAUUUCAUGAAAUGUUAACUCUGAAAAUGUUUAUUUGUAAGUGCAAACAUUGUGUAAUAAAA